GGGAGCGAGCCCAGGGAGCCGGGGCGGCCCUGAGGGAGGGGCAGGAGCGAGCCGAGGGAACCAGGGCGGCCCUGAGGGGAAAGGCGGGAGCGAGCCGGGGCUGCCCCUGAGGGCGGUUCUGAGGGGCUGGGACAGGCUGGAGCGAGUUUGGGAGCCGGGGCUGGGGACUGAGGGGAUGCGGGAGCCUCGAGGUCGAGCUGGGAGCAGCGCUGAGGGGGAGCCCGGCCAGGGCUGAGCUUCGUUAGAGCCCUGCGUGGUGCGGCUGGGUGAACAGGGGUGUUAGGUUCCCUCUCAGUGAGGUAAAACCGAGGGGAUUUGGGCCUGUGGAGGAAAGGCUGAAAAAGUGGCUGGGGCGUCUCAUGGAAGGCAAGUGGGAAGAAUCUGCCCUCUGUUAGGAGUGUGUGGCCUGAGGGUGGUGAAGAUACAUGGUGAAUUUUUCUGUUCCUCUGUCCAGGAAGAACGAGAAGAGGCUGUCUUGCUGUACCUAAACCGUAGUCCUGCAUAAAUGCAUGUGUGAACCAUCAUGGUCUUCCAUAACCUCUUCCAGGCACAGCCCCGGGUCCAUUUCUCAGAUCGCCUCGUUUCGUGUGGUCGCCUCCCAGCACCCGGGGUGCUGAGGUGGGGAACGUGGCUAGGUCCUGGUUCCAUAUUCCAGUAUGCAGAGUUGCUACUGAGGAAAUGCAAAGCACCAGUGUGAGGGACUGUCCCACAUAUUGGACUAGCAAGUGCAGCUGCAGCGCCAAGCAACUUCUGAAGAGCUUUCUUCUGCUGUCCUGUUAAUGCACUGUGUGUCUUCAUGUGCUGAUAGUCUGUAAGAACAGGAUCCAUUAGGAAUUUUUAGCACAUUGAGAUACAACAAUGGUGGUCCAUAUGCUAUUCUGGUGGAUUCUAAAAGGGCUUUUUCUGUCUUUUCUGCUCAAAACUACUCUGUCCCUAAACCCAGAUGAUCCAAACGUUUGUAGUCAUUGGGAAAGCUACGCUGUGACAGUACAGGAAUCUUAUGCUCAUCCUUUUGAUCAGAUCUAUUAUACAAGAUGUACUGACAUACUGAACUGGUUCAAGUGCACUAGACAUAGAAUAAGUUAUAAAACAGCAUAUCGAAGAGGACUAAGAACUAUGUAUCGGCGAAGAUCUCAGUGCUGCCCUGGAUAUUACGAAAGUGGAGACUACUGUAUACCACUUUGCACAGAGGAGUGCGUGCAUGGAAGAUGCGUUUCUCCUGACACUUGUCAUUGCGAACCAGGGUGGGGAGGUACUGAUUGCUCUAGUGGCUGCGACAGCGAUCACUGGGGACCCCACUGCAGCAACCGCUGCCAGUGUCGGAACGAGGCCCUCUGCAACCCCAUCACGGGGGCCUGCGUCUGCGCGGACGGGUACCGCGGCUGGCGCUGCGAGGAGCUCUGCGACCCCGGGAGCUACGGGAAGGGCUGCCAGUUUACAUGCCAGUGUCACAACGGAGCUACCUGCGACCAUAAAACGGGAGAAUGUCACUGCGCUCCUGGAUACACAGGGGUAUUCUGUGAAGAGCGCUGUCCCCCCGGCAGUCACGGAGCUCAGUGCGAACUGCGCUGCCCCUGCCAGAACGGGGGCGUCUGCCACCACAUCACCGGGGAGUGCUCCUGCCCGCCUGGAUGGAUGGGGCUGGUGUGUGCACAGCCAUGUCCUCCUGGAACGUUUGGAAUUAACUGCAGCCAGGAUUGUCCAUGCCACAACGGAGGACACUGUGACCCUGUGACAGGAAAAUGCCUCUGUACAGCUGGGUAUAUGGGAGACAGGUGUCAAGAGGAGUGUCCUAUUGGGACAUACGGCUUUCAGUGCACUCAAAGAUGUGACUGCCAAAACGGUGCAAAGUGCUACCACGUAAAUGGAGCGUGUAUGUGUGACCCUGGAUUUAAAGGGAUUUAUUGUCAGGAAAGAAUGUGUCCAGAAGGGUUCUAUGGCCUCAAAUGUGACAAGAGAUGUCCUUGCAAUAUUACCAACACUCUCAGUUGCCAUCCCCUGUCUGGAGAAUGUAGCUGCAAAGCUGGCUGGGCUGGACUCUAUUGCAACGAGACGUGUCCCCCUGGAUACUACGGCGAAGGCUGCCAGCUGAGCUGCCUUUGCCAGAACGGUGCAGACUGUGACAGCAUUACAGGGAAGUGUACCUGCGCACCAGGAUACAUGGGAGAUGACUGCUCCAUUAUCUGCAAGGCAGGAACCUAUGGUACCAAUUGCUCAUCUGUCUGUGACUGCAAAAAUGAUGGUGCAUGUUCCCAUGUGGAUGGUCUGUGCAUUUGCAAAGAAGGGUGGCAAGGAGUUGAUUGCUCUAUUCCAUGUUCAAGUGGAAGCUGGGGUCUUAACUGUAACCAGACGUGUUAUUGCACAAAUGGAGCAGCCUGCAGGCCAGCCGAUGGCUUUUGUCUCUGCUCCCCGGGAUGGCAAGGAGAGUACUGUGACCAGCCGUGUCCGGAUGGAACAUAUGGUCUUAAUUGCAGUGAACGUUGUGAUUGUAGUCACGCAGAUGGAUGUGAUCCUGUCACCGGUUACUGCUGCUGUCUUGCUGGAUGGACAGGCAUCCACUGUGACAACAUGUGCACCCAAGGACGCUGGGGACCCAACUGCUCCAUCUCCUGUAACUGUGAGAAUGGGGGAUCCUGCUCGCCAGAGGACGGGAGCUGUGACUGUGCGCCCGGAUACCGAGGACCCAUGUGCCAGAGAAUUUGCCCACCUGGCUUUUACGGGCACCACUGCAGCCAGGCGUGCCCUCAGUGCGUGCACAGCGGUGGGCCGUGCCACCACGUGUCGGGACGCUGCGACUGCUUGCCUGGCUUCUCCGGCCCUCUCUGCAGCCAAGUGUGUCCCAGUGCCAAGUACGGGAAGAACUGUGCUGAGGACUGUCAGUGCACCGAGAACGGGACGUGCAACCCUAUUGACGGAUCGUGUCAGUGUUUCCCAGGCUGGAUAGGCAAGGACUGCUCGCAGACUUGUCCCACUGGCUUUUGGGGUCCUGAUUGCUUUCAUUCAUGCAACUGCCACAACGGAGCAAUGUGCAGCCCUUACGAUGGAGAAUGCAGAUGUACUCAUGGUUGGACUGGGCUCUACUGCACUCAGCGUUGCCCGGCAGCUUUUUAUGGAAAAAACUGUGCCAAUGUUUGUCAGUGUCAGAACGGAGCAGACUGCGACCACAUCACGGGGCAAUGCACAUGCAGGACGGGAUUUACAGGCAAACAGUGCGAGCAAAAGUGCUCACCAGGAACAUUUGGUUAUGGUUGCAAACAACUAUGUGAAUGCAUGAAUAACGCUACAUGUGACCAUGUCACAGGUACUUGCUACUGCAGUCCAGGCUUCAAAGGAAUCAGAUGUGACCAAGCGGCUCUUAUGAUGGAAGAAUUAAACCCGUAUACUAAAAUUAGCCCUGCUCUUGGAUCAGAGAGGCACUCAGUGGGAGCAAUCAUUGGAAUUAUUAUUCUCCUUCUAAUUAUUAUGGUCUUGCUGGCACUGUUUGUGUGGUAUCGACGGAAACAGAAGGAGAAGGGCCAUGACAUGCCAAGUGUAUCUUACACUCCAGCCAUGAGGAUGACUAAUACAGAUUACUCACUUUCUGAUCUAUCUCAAGGUAGCGGCAGUGUACAUUGCUUUUCCAACCCAAGCUACCACACUCUGUCAUGUGGUGUGACUUCACGCUGCUUUGCCAGUAAUCUGGAUGGAAACAGCUCCAGUAAGCUCAGUAACAAAACCCUUGACAGAGAAACCGCAGACUGGAGACCCUACAGCUAUCUGAAUGAAGUAGGUGCUUGUGGGAUGGAUAGACGUCAGAACACAUACAUAAUGGAAAAAAGCUUCAAAGAUUACAUGAAAGAGUCCGUGUGCAGCUCUAGCACUUGUUCCCUGAACAGCAGCGAAAACCCGUACGCCACCAUUAAAGACCCUCCCGUUUUAACGUGCAAACACUCCGAGAGCAGCUACGUGGAGAUGAAAUCCCCCGUCCGCAGGGAGUCCCCGUACUCGGAGAUGCCGGCUUCAUCCACUGCCAAUAAAAACAUCUAUGAAGUCGAGCCCACAGUCAGCGUGCUCCAAGACGCCCGUGGCCGGAGCGCCAGCUACCUCCAAAACCCAUACGACCUGCCCAGGAACAGCCACAUUCCCGGCCACUACGACCUCCUCCCCGUCCGGCACAGCCCGACACACGCGCCGUCCUGGGACAAGCAGUCCUAGAGGGACGAACUUCUCCAGCACACGGCUGCAAACUCCAAGGAAGCAAAGGAGAAGACCGUCCCCAUCUGCGCUGCAGGACGCAGAGGUGCCGUGGCAGCCUCCCGCGCGAGGACCUGGCAGAGCAGGGCGUCAGCCAGGGCCGACUGCUGCUGCAUGAUGCUAUUUAAAAAGACGUUUUUAUAUGGGUCACAGGAACUCCCGGGAACCUCCCGCUCGCGUGGCUGGAACACGUCCCCCAGCAAGGUGCUCACAGGCUUAUCCACGGCGUGUUCCUGCCCCAGCUUGGCUGUAAAAUAAAACAAAAACUUCCUGAGCAGGAGCACUUAGAGUACGGACGGGCAUCCCCACCACCUGCACCGCAAAACCGCUUGCUGUUAGGAACAAGAUGACUAGGAUUAUGCUGGACUACAUUUCACAUCUUUGUCAUGAAAAUGGACAUUUUUCUGAAAGAAAGCAGGGAAAUUUGCAAUUUCAUUCAGCUGCUUUGGGUGGAAACCUCCCGCACCGCCAUCGCCGUGUGCAUCCUGUGCAGACCGUGCUUGGUAAUUAGCUCUGAUACGUUCACAUUUAAGUACCAGGGUAUUUGAGUAGAGGAGUAUCACAUACACCCAUUCCAUGCCGUUUUGCAAUGUAACAUCUUCACAAACAUCCAGAGAUCUUUAAAGUCUGACAAUGAUUGAGUUUAACCAAUGAGUCUUAUGCCCAGCUUACCACAUUUUUUUUUAACAAUCUAUAAAAUACUUUGAUUGGUAUAGAUACACUUCAAUUUUCUUUAUACAGCUUCUCCUUUAUCAGAACAAAGCACCAGAUCUGUCAGGUGGUGCAAGCCAACCCAGCUGCAUUUCCUCCGCAGAGCUACGCAGGUGCACACAGACUAACGCUGGCUUGUUUUCCCCCCACAAUGCUGCGACACCUGGGCUCCUCCAGACCAGCUUUACAGACCUGCUCAUCAUGAUUCAGCUAACAGCACAGUUGUGAUACACCCUUUAAUUUUGUCUGCAUUACCAUGUAGUGCAACUUUAUCCAUUGAUGAUUCUACCUGAAACGUCAUUAAAUUAAGCUGAAACUGGGUUUGCUUUUUCAGCGGCUGUUUGUGGAGUAUUUAUCAAGAGGUUGGCCGACGGUAAAGCUUUGGACUAAGCCACCGUGAUUAUUUUUUGUAACCUUUAUUGACCUAGGAAGUAGAAUACUUGCUGUUAAGCAGUUCCUUGUAGAUUUUGAGCAUGAAGUAGUAUUGACUCUAAAUAUGUAAUUUUAUUAGGCAAACGUGGGAGUAGCAAGUUGAUUGCUUCUUAAAUAUAUAAAAAAAGAUUCUGUUGCACAUUCGCCAGUCUGAUGGAGCUCUAAGAGAACGCGACCGACAACAAUCAGUUUGGUUAAAGCAUGAUGCACCAGGCUCCCGCGCUGAGCUACGGGACCGGUAAGGGAAGCCCACGCGGCUCCUCGCAGCCGGCUUCGGGUCCGUUCUGCCCCUCGCUCUGGGGUCGAAGCGUCCCGGAGCCGCUCACAGCCCCGCAGCGGCCCAGGGAGCACCGCGGCAGCACCGUGACACGCUCGCGUCGGGACGCGGGGCCCAGGGGGCCGGCGCCGGCCCCGCUGUGCAAACACCGGGUCUCUGCAGGGAGGCGCUGAGCCGACCCCAGAAAUCCUCCCCCCAGGCUUAGAGCAGCAGGUUUUCAUGUUGCAGGAUAACGCGUAAGUAUUUACAUGGAUGCUGCAUGCCUGCACGCGCGCAUGGGGGCAAUGGCUGAUCAGCAAUAGUGAGUUUGUUUUCCAGGAAAGCCUUAUUUGAGAUGCAACUAGACAAUUAUUUUGCAGGGCCAGUAGGGAUACAUUUCACAUACACAUACGGAAAGACUUACCUCAAAAAUACCAAGAGAAAGGCAGUUUGCGACAAAAUACUAACGUUAGAGACCUACCUUGACAUCUAGCACAAGCAGUCUCCGCUGCCAGCCUGAGCGACGUUUGUGUGUGUGUUGCUGUGCUUUGAGAUGAGAUUCUGGAAAAGCAGAGAUGUGCUCAACUUUCUUUCAAAGCUGGAUUUUCACACCAAAUGGAAUGAUGUGCAUAGAGUUUAGCAGGAAAAAGAAACAAAAAAAAGAAAGGCAAAGCAAGUACAUUCUUGUAUAUUAGCAUUAGUUUAGAAAAUAGGCACCAAAAUGGCAAUACUUUUUUAAGGCAAGACAGAUUUGUAAUAUAUUUGUUCACUGUGCAAAGGUAUGCUGCCUUGUACGAAAUAAACUGGAUUUCUCUCA